GGUGCUCAAGCAGAAAAGGUCCCGGUGGAGCACAUUACAGCAGUUGAGAAGAAUAAGCUGGAACUGUUGAUGAAUAUUGUCCUCGUGAUCCACCAUGAGGGAGCCCAAAUCACGGGAGAAAGGCAAAAUGAGACUAGUCUAGACUCGUCCAUGCUGUACGACACUAGGACGUCCGAGGGUUACAUAGUAGAAGACAGGAGUGAUCGCCACUCUAGCGAUUCGGGAACGAAUGUACUAUGUCAGAUGGAGUGAACCUCGGAUUUCUCCAGCCGAUCAUGUCAUUCGAUUGGCGAGAAACCACUGUGCUCAUGGUCCCCCUUUGACCCCAGAAGAAGAGAAGACGAUUCCGUGCUCGGGUGAGUCGAGUCGGCACAGUGCGGUGAUUCAAAGCCCGGAGAGAAGUAAAGCCUCCCUCCCGGUGGAUCAGCCGCAAGUGCCCACGGUGGUUCUUCCUGUAGGGACUGGGAAUCGAACGAACCAUGACCGCGCCCCGUGAGCGACUGCGGGAGGAAUAUUCAGAGGGAUCUUUCGGUUGUUUCAAAGGCCCGAACGGGAGGGAGGGAGGAGGCAUGGACAGGGUUCAGGGUUUAGAGAACCGAGAGGAGAGCUCCCGAGGCUCGCCCAGUGGGGACGAACGAAGGACUCGGGCUUCCUUGCGUGGUACAGAGGAUGGGCAUCCAUGGAACAGAGGCAGUGAAAUGCGGGCGAGGAGCGCGAGAUUCGGAGGAAAAGACUUGAGCACGCAGCUCUGAGGGGCUAGCACAGCGGUGGAGUAAAGUUUCAUUGACGAGAAACAGGCAUUCGAGGGGACGGGGAGUCGGGAGAAUGAGAAGGGACUCAAGGUGUGGGAACAGAGGAAGGUGUGUUUCGAGGAGACGGCGAGAGUCAAAGAAAGAAAGAAAGAACGCAAGCGAUCUGGUACCAGCUGAGAUUUACCGCACUGUGCUCAUUUCCAGGCAGGAGACUGUGGGCAAUGAGGGACUUGUGACGAGCUGAUGAACAGAAGCAGAUAAGAUCGUGUCCCAAUAUUGGGCAAGCAUCGUGGAGGUCAUGGAGGGAGGAGCUGAAGUUGGUACACCUUGCAGGAAGUAUAACUUGAGUCUCUCUUCCUGGGCAGGGUGUGGUGGGGUCUGGAAGGUGGAGAGUUAGGAGAGAGGUGCACUGAAGCAAUGCAGGAAGCCAACGCCCAGGGCACUUGAUGCCUCCUACUAUAAGGUCUCUUAGUCCACUGGAAAACUCUCCCCUGUCCCAAUGUGCCACCGUCGCGAGCCUGCUCGAACGGUGUAGGAGCCAUUGGAAAUGG